AUUCUUUUCUCAAACUCCAAUUUUUAAACCUUUUAGGAUUCUGAGCAUAUAUACUUCUUCUUUCUUCUUCUUCUUCUUCUUCUUCUUCUACCUUUUGGCUUCUGUUUCAUUAGCUUAUAAAAAACCAAAACACAAACCCAAAUACAAAGAAACGUUAAUUAGCUUUGUGGAGUGGAGAGAACUUUUAUUGAAAGGAGCUUAACUGUUGGACCAGCUGAGCACUACUUGCCAAAGAUUUGAACUUUCUUGGUUUUUGGGACUGGGAGUUAGAUAAAGCUCAAUUUUUGGGUUUAUUUUGUAUCUGGCAUAGUUUCUUGAACGAGAAUAGCAGGACCUUCAAGGCUGAAAAGGGAAUAUUUUCGGCUUUUUUUUGGAGUGAAUUGUUGGAUGAUCAGGAAACUGUUUUGUCUUUGAGGGAAGCAGUUAAUAAGGUAGAAUAGAAAUGAUGGAUAGGGUGCCAAGAUUGCUUAUGGAGGUUCUAACAGAACCGCAACGAGGAGGAGAGUCUUUACUCGGGUCGAUUAAGAUUGCUGUUUUACCAAUUGCAAAAGUUUUUACCAUGUGCUUCUUGGGAUUUCUUAUGGCCUCCAAGUAUGUUAAUAUUCUUCCGGCUAAUGGACGGAAGCUCUUAAAUGGGCUGGUGUUUUCACUUUUGCUGCCCUGCUUGAUAUUCUCUCAACUUGGACAAGCCAUCACAUAUGAAAAACUGCUUCAAUGGUGGUUCAUCCCUGUUAAUAUUGUUAUCGCCACCAUAUCUGGCUCUAUUAUAGGUUGCAUUGUUGCUUCAAUCGUCCGUCCACCAUACCCUUAUUUCAAGUUUACUGUUGUACAAAUAGGCAUUGGGAAUAUUGGAAAUGUUCCACUUGUUCUGAUAGCUGCACUAUGUCGGGAUAAAUCAAAUCCUUUUGGUGACUAUGAGAUAUGUUCGCGAGAUGGAAAUGCAUACAUCUCAUUUGGCCAGUGGGUUGGUGCAAUUGUUCUCUACACCUAUGUGUUCAAUAUGCUCAAACCUCCUCGUGAAGGCACUUUCGAUGUUCAAGACGCAAAUCUUCCUAUCAAAAAUCCUAACAGAGAUGGCACGCAGAGCCAUCUGGUAGCUAGUUCACCAGAGCAAGUUCCAUUACUUACAACAGACAUAGCACCGGCUGACUCAAGUGGUUCAAAGAAAGGAAAGGUUAAAGAGUUCUUUAAUUUUCUAUAUGAGAAACUGAAGCUCAAGCAAAUAAUUCAACCUCCUAUUAUAGCUUCUGUCCUAGCCAUCAUCAUAGGAUGUGUGCCAAUCCUGAGGCGACAGGUCUUUACUUCCGAUGCUCCACUUUACUUCUUCACUGACAGCUGUUUGAUUCUUGGGGAUGCCAUGAUUCCCUGCAUACUGCUGGCUUUAGGAGGCAAUCUCGUCGAUGGACCAGGACCCGGAAGUUCAAAACUUGGUCUAAGGACAACCGCUGCAAUUGUCUUUGGACGGCUGGUUCUGGUUCCUCCAACCGGACUUGGCAUUGUCAUGUUAGCUGAUAAGCUUGGAUUCCUUCCCGCUGGUGAUAAAAUGUUCAGAUUCGUACUCCUGCUUCAGCAUACGAUGCCCACAUCCGUACUUUCUGGUGCUGUUGCCAACUUGAGAGGAUGUGGGAAGGAGGCAGCGGCGGUAUUAUUUUGGGUUCAUAUUUUUGCUAUUUUCUCUAUGGCUGGAUGGAUCAUCCUCUACCUCAACAUACUGUUUUAAGUUAGGAUCAAACAGCAUUGCUACAAAGAGAAAAAAGAAGAGAUCUUGAGAUGGAAAGUUUUAAUUCCUGUUACCAGGAUCGCGGCAGCCUUUCGAAAAGCAGCUGUUUUUAGCUCAUUCAAUUGCCUCUUCAUUGUUUGAGAUUAAGAGAGAGAUGUAUUGAUAUUAUGUAGGAAUAUUACCUACUACAUCUAUAAGUAUAAUUAGUCAUAAUGGAGUUAACUAAAUUGCUCCUUAUUUGUUCUUUAGCUUCUUCUACUGUAUAACCUUAGCUUAUGCUACCUUGAAACUGGCUAUGUCAAAGUUGGAGUUGACAUUUGGCAAAGACAAAGAUGAGACUUGAUGUUCAUUUGAAAAAAAUAAGUAAUCAGGAAUUAUUUGUGGUA